AGGAGAUUCUUUCGCAUGCCAUUAAUAAAGCACUUUAAUAUAGUGCCACGUAAUAACUCUGGAAAAUUCCUCCAACUUCUUCAUCACACUUCUUUCCUCAAUAUUACCGAUCUCAUUCAUCCACUGCCUUCUUCAUCGUCUCAAUUCUCAGAAUCUGGUGUUUUUACUGGUGAUAAAAUAUACAUGCGAGGAUCAGCUUCGCGUUCAUUGGCAAAAACUAUUGAGAAACACUUUUAUCCAAUUGAAGGAUCAUGGGGUGGUAUUGUUCCUUCGUUGGAGCCGAAGAAGAAUGGAAAUGAAGAUAGUGGUAAGGCAAGGAAGACUAUUGCAGAUGAGAAGGCUGCUGACCCUAUAGUGGCCUUCAGCAGGCCGCCUCCGCUUCCUCCCAUUUUCGGACCGCUUGUUGCCCUUACUAUGUUGGAUUCAUGGUCGAAACAGGACAGCAAUGGCAAUGGCUAAGAUUGUUCUGGUGAACUACUAGGUUCCUGGUUUGUUCCCUCAUUUGACUCUGUUAUGUUCACAAGUUUCCUGCAAAGAAAUGUAAAAUCUGUUACUAUUUUCUUAGGAUUGUCUGAAUUCUCAGUUUUGUGUAUUGCAACUUUGCAAGCUAGUUAUAUUUUGAAGUGGGAUUUUGGGUGUUUGGUUAUUCCUGUUCUUAUUA